AUGAGGCAGGAUGCAACACCACUUCCUAAAAUACAGCAAAAUACAUCACCACUUUCUAAAAUACAGCAAAAUACAACGCCACUUCCUAAAAUACAGCAAAAUACAACACCACUUCCUAAAAUACAGCAAAAUACAACACCACUUCCUAAAAUACAGCAAAAUACAACACCACUUCCUAAAAUACAGCAAAAUACAACACCACUUCCUAAAAUACAGCAAAAUACAACACCACUUCCUAAAAUACAGCAAAAUACAACACCACUUCCUAAAAUACAGCAAAAUACAACGCCACUUCCUAAAAUGCAGCAAAAUACAACGCCAUUUCCUAAAAUACAGCAAAAUACAACACCACUUCCUAAAAUACAGCAAAAUACAACACCACUUUCUAAAAUACAUCAGAAUACAACGCAAAAUUUCUCCAUAAAAAUAUUAUAA